AUGGCGUUUACCUGGAGCUCCAGGUACGGAUUUUUUGGUGAUUUUGGUGUUAAUUAAUGUGUAUUAUUGCAUCAGAAGCAUCUUAAUAAAAUUAUUUUAAAACAAUGACAAUAAUUACAAGGACAUUUAUCAUUGAGUGACAAUUUAUAAUAAAUAAAAAUUGUAUUAUUCAUAAUUAGCAAUAAUUAUAAAAUAUUCAUGUUAUGAGAUAACAAUUGUAAACUUUAGUGAGCGCAAAUUUUUAUCAAUUUUUGACACGUUUUAAUUUAUCAAUCAUCAUAAAAACUUGAGUGAAUUUUUUUUUGGACAAAAUAAAAAAAAAACAUCAACGUGUCAUUUUGUCUUAAAAUAUAAAGACAUAUUAUUUUUAAUUAAAGAAGAAUAAAAAAUAUAAUAAUUAUAUUGUCAUGAUGGAUUCAAAUAUUUCAAGACCAGAAUUAUUUGGUAUGAUUGCUAAAAUGGUUUUAGUAUCAUUUGUUGGAUUUUAUUCAAUGAAAUAUAUUAUGAAUCAAAUUGAUCCAAUGUCAAAAGCAAAAAAAGCAGCAAGAGAAAAGGCCAAUAGACAAUUAAGGAAAGUAAAAAAUGGAAACAAUAUUUCAUUGUCAAUAAAUGAAUCAGAAUUAACUGAUUAUGAAAUGAUGAUUGCAAGUCAUUUGAUUGAUCCAAAAGACAUACCAGUUACAUGGGACAAUAUUGCUGGACUUGAUAAUGUUGUACAAGAAUUAAAAGAAACUGUUAUUUUGCCAAUAAGAAGAAAAGAAUUAUUUGAAGAUUCAAUGCUGACACAAGCACCAAAAGUAAAUAUUAAAUAUAUGGACCAAGGAUCAAAAACAACUGCUAAAGAAAGUGGUACUUGUUUUAUAAAUUUAGAUGUCAGUAUCUGGGUACAUGCUGCUGUUAAAUUACAGCCUUGUAUUAUAUUCAUUGAUGAAAUUGAUUCAUUUUUACGAGCAAGAACAUCAAAUGAUCAUGAAGCAACAGCUAUGAUGAAAGCUCAAUUUAUGUCAUUAUGGGAUGGUUUAAUAACUGAUCCAGGAUGUACUGUUAUUAUAAUGGGUGCAACAAAUAGACCACAAGAUUUAGAUCGUGCUAUUCUUAGACGUAUGCCUGCUACAUUUAGAAUUGGUCUACCAAAUGAAGAUCAAAGAACACAAGUACUUGGUUUAAUAUUGGAAAAAGAACCAACAGCAGAUGUAGAUGUUAAACAAUUAUCAAAAUUAACUGAUGGUUUUUCUGGAUCAGAUCUUCAUGAAUUAUGCAGAACAGCAUCACUCUAUCGUGUUAGAGAUUAUUCAAGAGAACAUCCAUGUGUUUCACCAAAUAGAAAUGAAGUUAGCGACGAAUUUCAUGAUGCACUUCGUCCAAUAACUCAUGAUGAUCUUUUAUCUGCUUUGAAAAAAAUGAAAAUCUCAAAAGUUCAAACCAGCACAAAUAAACAUGCAUUUUUUAGUGGAGAUGAAACCAAAGAUGAUUUAGAUUAAUGCUUUUUUUUAAUACAAAUUAAUUUCAUAAUAGGGUUGAAAAUCUCGCAAGUAGAAUCAAUUUGUUAUACUUAAUUUUGAUUUGAUUUAUCUUUUUUUUUUUAUAUAAAGAAAAUAUAUAAACAAAGUCCA